GAUCUGACACUUACUUCUGACCUCUGUGGGCCCCAUGCAAGCACGUGUUGCACAGACAUACAUGAAAGCAAACACUCAUGUACAUACAAUUUUAUAUAUUUGAUGUGUAUAUAUACAUACAUACGUAUGUACAUACAUACACGUGGCAGGGAAGGGGUCUGGGGAUGUGGCUCAGUCUCUAGAUUGUCUAAGAUGUACCAAAUAGGGAGCCCUAGGUUCAAUCCCAGCAUUACAUACAAUGGGUGUGGUGGUGCCCAACACUCUGGAGAUAGAAAAGGAUAAAAAAGAUAUGAAGUUCAAGGUCAUCCUCAGCUACUUAGUGAAUUUAGAGCUAGCCUGGGCUACAGGAGGCCCUGUCUCUCCUCCCCCUAUGAUGGAAAAGUACAAUAAAGGGGGUGGGGGCAGGGAGGGCAGCAGUGGCCUCUGAGCAGGGAGGGUCUGCAAAUGAAGCCUCAUCAAGGAGCCAGGAUAUGAGCUACUUCCGUUCCCUUUGUAUAUGCAUGCAAGCUUAUUGUGUGAGGGAGGGUACGACAAAUACGACAAAUACGCAUGGAGGUUGGAGGAUGUCUUAGGUGUAGGUCCUCCCCUUCCAGCCGGUUUGAGAUAGAGUCUAUUCUUCACUCUUGCGUUCCUGCGGCUAGCUGGCCUGGGAGUUUGCAGGGAUUCUCCUCUUCACUUCUUCCCACGUUGCCUUUAUAUGGGUGUGGAGGAUUUGAACCGAGGUCCGCGCACUUACACAGCAAGCGCUCUACCCAUUGAACAACCUCCCCAGACCAUUUCUACUCGGAUUGCUCAACCAGGCAGAGAAGGGACUUGACUCAUCCAGGUGCUCUGAGCAGGCACCCAGGAAGCUUUGACUCACAGCCCACUUCCCACUGCGUGGUGGUCAAAAGGCUAGUUUAGAAAGAUACGGCCUAGAUGGAUCCUGGAGGGUGACGGAGCCAGCAGGCAGCCACCACAGUGGCAGUGCGGAAGCAGAGACAUCCUGGGUCCGGUAGGCCUUCCUCUGUGGUAUAUUACACGGAAAGUAACUCCAGGCAGCCAGACCCGCUGGAUGGACCACUUCAACUGAGGAGCAUCUAGUCCUUUGGGGGAAAACUGGGCUUGCUGGUUUUGGCCUCCAGGGCACAGUUCCGGGACAGUGGGGCAGGACUGAGGCUUUUCCAAGGUCAGUGCAUUCUCCUUCUCCUUCAACGCACCCUCCACGGGCCUCGGGGGAAGGAUGGGACUGGGAGGCCCGCUGGAAUCCAGAGAAGUGUCGUUGAGCAAAAAAGCCCGGGAACUGAACAAGAACUAGUCUAGCUGGAUUCAGGAGGCACCGUCGGGAAAAGAGACUCAAACUUGGAGAGCUGCCUUUGAGGUGCAGACGGGAGACAGCGUGAGAAAGGAGGGGGCAGAGUGGGCUUGACUGCAUCCCCUCUGGUCAGGGCACCUGGUUCUGAGGUGCCUUGAAACCAACUAGGUAUUGGGUGUGCAUGACGGACAGAAUGGAGACAAGGUGCCUGGGGGACAUGACAUUGCCCAACGCAGGUCUGGCCCACUCCUCAAGCCCUUCUCACACUCAAAAGGGCACAGAUGUGCACCAGCAGUGCGCGGACACCCGGGUCCGGGAGGAGGAGCAGGGUGAGACGGAGUAGGCGUGGAGCUUUGCUCAAGACACUCCCCAUCACUGGAGCCACGCGCCAGGCGUACGCUUCCUCCUGGCCCUGCAUAGGACCGCGCCAGCUGUCAUUGGCCAAACGGGCGAUCCCAGAUUGGCUGAGACCCCGGCUCCCGCCUCCUCCGCCAAGGGGAGGGACGUGGGUGCGAGAGUGUGUGGCGCGUGCUGCCCUGCGGGGGGGAAGGGGGGAGAGGGUUGCAGUCCUCUAACCUCUAGACCACUGCAAAACCUCCUGGGGUUCCUCACCUGGCAGCGCACUCUAGGUGUGCGGAGACUUGGCAGCUCUUGGGGCUGAGCUCCAGGGAGGGUGGGGGCGACUGGAGAGUACAUUCGGACCUUCUCACAGCCCCUAGGGGUGUGGGACGUGCGGAGCGCAGUGCAGAGCGCUCUGCACUCUAGGACUUGUCGAGGACACACUAAGCACCUGCCCGGAGCAGGGAGGCGCGUCAUUAGCCAGCGAACUGCACCCGGGAGGGGUGGGGGUGGGGGCGCACGGUGUCAGCUUUGCUGAAUGUGUACGCCAGGGGGAGGGCGAAGCGUGGCGGGAGGGCGAGGCGAAGGAAAGAGGGCGUGAGAAAGGAGGCGGCGGCUGGCGGAGGAGGGUUAUCUAUAUAUUUAAAAAGGAGCCGCCUGAGCCGCGCAAACGGAGACCCGAGGAGCGCCUGACCGCACGCGCGGGACGCGAGCGCACCACGCUUCUCUACUCUCUCUGCCCUUGCAUGACACGGGGUCCCGGGACUCCAGAAGGCCAGAGACGCGGUCCUCAGGAAGUCCUGCGGCAGUGCCCUGCCUGAGGCCCGUGGAGGUGCGACCGGCCGCUUCCCACUGCACCCGGUUCCUUGCGGGCACUUUCCCUGUGGUGCACCGAAGCUCGUACCAGGCGCGCCCGCGGGCUGGAUGCAAGCAUGAUGAACGGCGGCGGGCUGCCUUUACUCGCACCCUCCUCUUCUGGAGUCUCCGGAGCCUGCGCUGCUCGCCGGAGACCCUCGUCCCCCGAACUGCUGCGCUGCAGCCGACGGCGGCGAUCUGGCACAACCGAGGCCAGUAGCAGCUCGGCGGCCGUGGCACGCCGCAACGAGCGCGAGCGCAAUCGCGUGAAGCUGGUAAACUUGGGCUUCCAGGCGCUGCGACAGCACGUGCCGCACGGCGGCGCCAGCAAGAAGCUCAGCAAGGUGGAGACGUUGCGCUCCGCGGUGGAGUACAUUCGUGCGCUGCAGCGGCUGCUGGCGGAGCACGACGCCGUGCGCGCGGCGCUUGCCGGGGGGCUGCUAACACCCGCCACCCGGCAGGCGGCCGCCCUCGCGCCACCCACCGCCUCCCCGGCCAGCGCUUCUCUGUCCUGUGCUUCUCUGUCCUGCGCGUCUACAUCUCCUGACCGCGGGGCCAGCUCGGAGCCUGGCUCCCCGCGCUCCGCCUAUUCGUCGGAGGACAGCGGCUGCGAGGGAGAGCUGAGCCCGGUGGACUGCGAGCUCCUUGACUUCUCCAGCUGGUUAGGGGGCUACUGAGCACCCCAAUCCCCUAAGCUGCAUCCCGGUUGUCUACUGGUGGACCGACCCGCGUUUCUUGCCUACGGAGCCUGGGAGGAUGCCUUGCCCAUGCUGUCUAGUGCAGCCUCACCAAAUGCUGUGGCACUGGGGCUUGGAAAUGUCUCAGGAGAAAGGAUUUUACAGAGGCAAUAUAUUUUUUACGAAUUAACUUGAACUGCUGGGAGGGACUCUGCUGAAAAUAUGAAGACUUAUUUUUUUACAAAGGAUCCUUAGGCUUGGAGCACAAUAAAGGUUGUCUCUGUACCUCACCCCCACUGUCUAGAACUUUCUAACCUGGCCAAAGUGUGGACCAGUCAGGCCCUGAGGGCAAGAUGCCUGGCUGCACCCUUCUGCUGAAGCCUAGCCUGGUUCUGAUGUUUGGCCAGUGUGGGAAACCUGUUGUUGCAAAGUGUACUGUUCUAUAAAAGCUUGUUUUUCAAA